AUGUGGCGAGUUCCCACGGAUAUUCCCCAAGUCGCUGUCCCCAAUGGGCUUAAACUUGCGGAAGUGACAAUGGACACACCGUUGGAUGAAGUAUUCAAGCAUUGGAAGGAAAGCGGCGCAGUCAUCCUGAAAAAUAUACUUACCCCAGCGGAAGCGAGCCAGAUCACGACCGAACUGGAAUCGCGCCUCGACUCUAUCCAAAGAAGCUCAUUAGUUCCCCAUCCCGACCUCUCAGCCUUCCACGGCCCCAAAACCAAGCGAGCGGGUGAUCUUAUUAACCACAGCGCCACCUUCCGAGAGCAGAUUCUUGAAAAUGACUUUAUUCACGCCAUCUGCAAGCGAUGCUUCAGCGAAGGCGGGCAUAAUGGAGACUACUGGCUCUCAACAGCCUCGACUCUCAAUGCGUCAGGACCACAGCCGCCGCAGGUGUUGCAUCGCGAUUUGACGUCCUAUCCACCAUACGCCCAGCUCGGACCCGAGGGCACAGAGGCUAAGAUCAGCUUCCUCUUUGCGUUUUCCGACUUUAGGGAAGACAACGGCGCAACGCGAAUCAUCCCGGGAAGCAACAAAUGGCCCUUCCACCAGCGCGGCAAUAUGAAGCAGACGAUCCCAGCGGAAAUGAAAAAGGGCGACUGUCUGCUAAUUGGUGGGAAGGUGAUCCACGGAAUGGGCGAGAACAAAACCGAGACAGAGAGGAAAUGUAUCCAGCUGACCGUUGUUCCGAGUUUCCUGACUCCCUCGGAAGCGCAACCUUUCAUUAUCAAAUUGGAGACGGUAAAGAAGUUGUCGAAGCGCGCGCAGUGGUUUGUAGGGUUCAGGUUGCAGUAUCCUCGGGGCUUGCUGGGACUGUGGACGAAGGAUUACAUUGAUCUGGCGUUGCAUUUGGGGCUGGAUGAUCUUCAGGGUGUGAUGAAAGAUUUGCAGCAUGUGAUUGACCAGCCCAAGCAGUGGGAUAUGAUUGAUUAUGACAAUUUGGAGACCGAGAAGUCAGCUGAUAUCUCAUGCUGA